UGCAGGCAGGUGUGUGUGUGUGUGUGGUGCCAGCCAGGGUGGCGUGACUCCUGAAAUAAGUGAGGUUGGAAAAGGUGUUGUUCUUGCAUGUGGCGAGAGAGAGAGAGACCCAUUCUCAAAUUCGUAAAAGCGCGUGCACAACCAUAAGGAAGGAAGAUGCGAGCUCUAGGGGGCUGCAUUCCCAUUGACUGUUCCAUCUCCCUGUCAGUGGCAGCAACAUUAGCAGUGCCGAGGCGGUGGCAACACUGAGAGAGAGAGAGAAAAAGAGAGAGAGAAAGAGAGGAACGCAACACACAGACUCCGCCUAACUUUACCACGGUCCAACAUCACCGAGCCCGUGUCCGGUGGCGCGAGGGCAUCACAGCUCAAAGCCAGUCCAUCCAGAGGGUCCCUCGGCUUGCUUGUGUCAUCUCUUGGCGUGGAGAUGGGCUUCCCGUAAAACCGGCGGUGGUGGAGGGGAGAGGCGGGGGGUGGGGGGGGGGAGAAGCGAGAGACUAGAGAGUGAGGAGGUGUAGAAAAAAAGCCGAGGAGGACAAGAAACAAAAGCACAACCGUGGGUGCCUGCAACAACCAUGAGCAGCGGCGGCUUGCCCUAUUCACCAGAGCUGCUGCUCUACCCGUGGACUAUGUCGUGAGGUGUGGCUCUCAACGCUAAGCUGCAGGGAUUCUGUCAGUCGAAACGACAGUAGCAAGCCAAGGAGGGGUGCUGCUGGUGGAAAAGAUGUCGACCGCCUCGGUGGGGCCCCAGGGCGGCCCUCGCCCACCCACCGCGCCGCCGACCGUCCCCGAACUGCCGGACCUCAGCCAUCUCACGGAGGAGGAGAGGAAAAUAAUCAUGGCCGUGAUGGAUCGGCAGAAGGAGGAAGAGGAGAAAGAGGAAGCCGUGUUAAAGACGCUGCACCAGCAGUUUGAGAGUUAUAAGGAGCAGGUGCGUCGCAUCGGCGUGGAGACGCGGCGCCAGCAGCAGGGCCAGCACAAGGACGACGCCCCCACCUGCGGCAUCUGCCGCAAGACCAAGUUCGCCGACGGCUGCGGACACCACUGCUCCUACUGCCAGACCAAAUUCUGCGCCCGCUGCGGCGGACGCGUCUCCCUGCGCUCCAACAAUGAGGACAAAGUGUGUCUCAUAGUGAAGGACAGGGUAAUGUGGGUAUGCAACCUGUGCCGUAAGCAACAGGAGAUCCUCACCAAAUCGGGAGAAUGGUUUUCGGGGCCGGGGGAGAGGCAGAUGAGCCUGGAUGGCGGCCUGAACGCCCCGCCCACGGGGGGUGACACCCAACGGGGGGACAGGAAGCUACUCCGCUCCAGGUCCCAGGCCCCGCCCUCUUCCAGCGUUAACGCAGGGGCGGUGCCCGACGGAACGCAUCAGCCACCAACGGUACCGGCCAAGGGAGCGUUGGACACCAUGCUGGCUUCACGCGCUCGGAGCGAACCACCACGAGACAAGAAAAGACCUGUGUCCCUCCAUGAGCAGAACGGUAAGCCCGGUGGUCCUGGUCGUGGUAGAGGAGGCCGGGGACCCCCAGGGAAGCUUCAGACCGUUGCCUCCCAGGAGGAGUUCUGUGGUCCUGGGGACAUAGACUGGCGGGACGGCCGGCACCUGGAGAAGGUCCGCUCCCAUGACUACCCCGACGGCGACCAAGGAAAUCGCCCAGACCUCCGGAGACGCCCCCCGGAGGAGGAUGAGCUGGAGCGCAAGCGGCGCCAGGAGGAGGAGUUCCAGACGCGUUACCGCAGCGACCCCAACCUGGCGCGCUACCCGGUCAAGCCGCAGAAGGAGGAGCAGGAGAUGCGCAUGCACGCCAAGGUGUCGAAGGUGCGCCACGAGCGGCGCCACAGCAACAACGCCAUCAAUGAGGUGGGGCUGGAGGGUGGGGGAGGGAACAUGGGGGAUGUGCCUGAGAAUCGUCUCCGGAGGGGCGGCGGUGGGGGUGGGGGAGAACCGGACCGCAAGGCAUCCUUGGAGAACCACCGCGCCUACUCCAUGGACAGGACCGUGGGGGGUGGUGGGGGUGGCGGAAUGGGGCAAGGACCCCAGGGAGGUCCCCCCCUCCUCAAACAGAACCAGAACCACGGACCCCUUCAACCAUCCGGUGGUGGCCCACGAAUGGGCCCCCAUCCUGGUGCUCCUCACCCCCACCAAGGACCCCCCCCUCCAGCAGGCUGGGACCCCCCUAAGGGACCCCACCCCAGCCAGCUGGACCCCAAUUCCCAGGCAGCCAUGAUGCACAAGGCUAGGAAGGAGAAGUCCGGGGACAGCCUGCUGCGGAAGGACUCCCAGAGCUCGGACCAGUCGGAGUCGCUGCGGCCGCCCCCACCCAGGCCCUACAAGAGCAAACGGGGCGUCAACAAGAGGCAGAUGUCUAUCAGCAGCUCAGAGGAGGAGGGUGCCUCCACGCCCGAGUACACCAGCUGUGAGGACGUGGACAUGGAGAGCGUCAGUGAGAAAGGUGAUUGGGACUGCCAUCCUCUGGAUCCUGCAGUGUGGCAUCAUCCAGUGACAUGGCAGCCGUCCAAGGAGGGCGACCACUUAAUCGGACGCAUCACUCUGAGCAAAAGGUCGGCCAUGCCCCGCGAGGCAGGCUCCUUACUAGGGUUAAAGGUUGUGGGUGGGAAGAUGACAGAGACAGGGAGACUGGGGGCCUUCAUCACCAAAGUCAAGAAAGGAAGUCUGGCGGACAUUGUUGGCCACCUACGAGCUGGUGAUGAGGUACUGCAGUGGAACGGGAAGUCGUUGCCGGGAGCAACCAAGAAGGAAGUGUACAACAUCAUUCUGGAAUCCAAGGCGGAGCCUCAAGUGGAAAUAGUUGUCUCAAGGCCUAUUGGAUCUAUCCACCGCAUCAUUUCCAAUAACUUCUUGAGAAAGGUGUAUAGAGCGUAUCAAGACAUACCAAGAAUUCCAGAAACAUCACAUCCUCCUUUAGAAUCGACGGGCUCCAGUUCCUUUGAGUCUCAGAAGAUGGAGCGUCCCUCCAUAUCGGUCAUGUCCCCCACCAGCCCUGCUACCCUCAGAGCCCUCCCCGUCAUCCUGCCUGGACAGCUCUCUGUAAAGCUGUGGUAUGACAAAGUGGGCCAUCAACUGAUCGUCAACGUCCUUCAAGCCAUAGACCUGCCCCCCCGACCGGACGGGCGACCCAGGAACCCCUACGUCAAGAUGUACUUCCUCCCUGACCGAAGUGAUAAGAGCAAGCGCAGGACCAAGACGGUAAAGAAGAGCGCUGGGCCCAAGUGGAACCAGACGUUCCUGUACCCCCACGUCCACCGCAGGGACUUCAGAGAACGCAUGCUGGAGAUCACUGUCUGGGACCAACCUAGAAUACAGGAGGAGGAGAGUGACUUCCUGGGAGAGAUCCUGAUAGAGCUGGAGACUGCCCUGCUGGACGACGUUCCUCACUGGUAUAAGCUCCAGACCCACGACGUGUCCUCUCUACCUCUACCCCAGCCAUCCCCUUAUCUCCCGCGGAGACACGCCUCUCACGACAGCCCCAGCAAGAAACUACAGAGGUCCCAUCGCAUCAUUGACACAGAGUUUGAUGAUACAGGUAUAGCGGUAGUAUCUGAAGGUGCAGAGCGUAACUCGAGGGAGAGGGAGAGGAACAGCACCCUGACUGUCCCAGAGCAGCAGAGACUGGCCCAGCACCGCUCCAGAUCUGUGUCCCCUCACCGUGAGGACAUAACAAGGGCCCGCUCCCGCCCUGCACACGUCCCCAUGCAGAGGAGUCUGGAUGAGAUCCAUCAGAACCGCCACCACUCCUGCUCCCCCGCUCGUUACCAUGACUCCCACGGGGAGCACCGCUCCGGGGACUCGGACUACGAGUACUCCGAGGACAGUGAGGUCCUCGAAGUGCACAGGUCUAUCCGAGGCGGGAGUGCCGAGUGCCUGCACACAAACAGCAACACCCUCCCUGCAUGCCUAAAGACCAAGCCUCCCCGGGGGCAUCAGGGAGGGGGCGGUCCCGCCGCCCGUAGCGUCCUCACGCACCGUGUGCUCAGGUUCACUGAUGAGGUCACCGUUAGUGAUCUGCAGCCCAGUUUGGACCGGGUGAGGAGUGCCAGCAGCACCUGCCUCAGACCUGACACCAACCUCCACUCUCCUGAUAAAGACAGAUGCUCCAACUCUCUGCCCCGCAGACAGCCCACAAGCCCCAGGAUUUUAGUAGAGCAGGCCUCCCCAGAGGAAGAAAGGCAGUCAGGGAGCCUGGGCAGACCUAACAGUCAGAGAGGUGACAGCAAGAAAGGCCUGGAGGCUGACAGUCGUAUCCAGCCCACCUCUAUACUGAGGGGCAGUAGGGGGAGAGGGGGGCUGCUGCGCCCCUUUAACCAGACACCCCUGGGGAGAUCUGCCCCUAACUCACCACGACAGGACAGAACACACACCCACAGCCCCUCCCCUCCUACAGGGACUCCCCAGUCAGGUCGCAGGGGCAGACAGCUGCCACAGGUUCCUGCCAGAAGCAGCAGUGUAGAGCAAGCUCUAGCAGUAGAGGAGCGAGCCAGACAGAUGAACAUGAAAGUACAUUCCUACCGGCCUUCAGCCUCCCAUGACCCCGAGACGGACCUCAAGACCAAACGAGAGAUGUAUGCGGAUCAGCGGCGGAGCUCUGACAACGUGUCGGCCCGCUCAUCAGACAGCGACAUGAGUGACGCGUCGGCCCUAUCCCGCGCCAGCAGUGCCUCACGCCUCAGCAGCACCUCCUACAUGUCCAUCCAAUCAGAACGCCCGCGUGGGCGGCUCAGGUCCAAGUCUUUAGAGGAGGAGAAGAAGGAGAGGAGGAUCUCGUGGGGCAUGAAUGGGGAGCAGGAAAGGAUGAGGGCGGCAGGGAAGAGACGCUUCUCUCAAGAGCUGAAGAGGAGGAGACACACUGUGUCUGGGGACCCCAAAGACGCCAGUCGGCAGGUUCGUGCGGCGCCAGGCCGGACCAUGCUGAAGAGCACAAGCGUGAGCGGUGAGAUCUACGCGUCAGAGCGUACCGACGGCAGCCAAUCGGACACGGCGCUGGGCACGGUGGGCAUGGGUGGCAAGAAGAGACGCUCCAGCCUCAGUGCCAGGGUGGUCUCCAUCGUCUCCAACAGACGUAGUCGCAGCACGUCGCAGAUCAUCGGCCCGGAGGGGAAGGGGAAGAAGGAGAAGGGUGCAUCCAUCCAGAGGAGCACAGAGACGGGCAUGGCUGUAGAGAUGACCAGGAACAUGAGUCGACAGUCCAGUAAAGAGUCCACCAACGGCACCAUGAACAGCUGCAACUCCGAAGGAAAUCUGCUUUUCGGUGGGGUGCGUCUGGGACAGCCAGGCAACCAGUUCAGCGACUUCCUAGAUGGCCUGGGUCCUGCUCAGCUGGUGGGCAGACAAACACUGGCCACACCUGCCAUAGGUGAUAUUCAGAUCGGGAUGAUGGACAAGAAGGGUCAGCUGGAGGUGGAGGUGAUCAGAGCUCGAGGCCUUGUACAAAAGCCUGGAUCCAAAUCCCUCCCUGCUCCAUACGUCAAGGUCUAUCUGUUGAAUAAUGGAGCGUAUGUAGCCAAAAAGAAAACCAAGAUUGCACGGAAAACGCUCGACCCGCUGUACCAGCAAGCGCUGCAAUUCGAGGAGAGCCCACAGGGGAAAGUCUUACAGGUGAUCGUCUGGGGAGACUACGGACGAAUGGACCACAAAAGCUUCAUGGGAGUUGCACAAAUCCUAUUGGAGGAACUAGACUUAACAAGCACAGUGAUUGGCUGGUACAAGUUGUUCCCACCCUCCUCCUUAGUGGACCCCACACUAGCCUCCCUGACUCGACGUGCUUCCCAGUCGUCAUUGGACAGCUCCUCGGGCCCACCGGGCACCCGAUCCUAGUGGACCAAUGGGACUACAGCUACCAAUCUUAAUGGACCAAUGGGACUAUGGCUAGCCUACCGCUUUGUGAAACGAAUUAACGUCACCUUAGAGAUUAACGGACAAAAAUGAUUCUAGAACAACAACAAUCAAGAAACAGAGUCACAAUGAUUUAAAAAAGCUUUGUUGAGAUCUGACAAUCACUCCUGGCAUCGUUUAAUUAGUUUGUUCGUUUUAGAGAGCGUUAGAUUUCAGUGUUUCAUUCCAGUAACGAAUUCGUCAUUGUUUUUUCGCGGUUGUAAUCUAAGAACUAGGGCUGUUGGUAAUAAACAAUGUUCGGUAGCUAGGUAAGGCUGUACUUGAGUCGAGCGGUAAGGAGACACUCGAUUCAUUGAAGAAACUAAAUAGAAAUUUAAAUGUAAAAGGAAGCAGGGUGGUAGUUUUUAGUCAAACCAUCAAUAAACAAAGAAAUGUAUGUUAGCGUCGGAAUGUAUGGACCCAAGACAGAGGUGUCAUCCUCCUUGUUCCUCAGGGGGUGCCAUAAUGUCCUCUCCGCAGUGGCCCCCAUCCGGCCCCCAAACAGACUGCCAGCACUUCGGCCCCCAGGGCAGAGUGCUUCUGAGUGGGGUUGGUCCGGGCAAGCAGGGGUCUCCUUCUGGUGCCUAGACUUUGUGGAUUCACAUUACUGGUCCUUCUCUGUCAAAAUAUAAUUUUUUGUUUUCAAUAUGUUUACCAUGGCUGGUCCAAGCCGCUCUCUCGUUUUUGUCUUUGGUACGUUUUACUUUUUUUUUCUCAGUUUGUUACUUAUAGCACAAAAAUGUUUUUAUGAUGAGUAUGAGGUUUACGAUGCGUUGUCUGAUGUAUGCAUGGAGAAGAAAAAAAAGACACAAAGAAAAAAUACGAAAUAGAGAAAAUUAAAUCAAGUGUCUGCAAUGAGAUGCAGGGGACUGUUCAGUGACACAUCUUAAAUUACGAUUUUUACACUUGACAAUGAGAUUAGUGUGGGAUUACAAUGUUGUUUUCUUCGUUCAGUCACCUACAAAAAGUCCAACCCAGUUGUCUUUGUAUAGAUGUAUACUAGACCUCCAAGGAGGUUGACCAUUAAAUAUAAUUAUACAUUUCACUUUGAACUAUCACCAGGGUGUCAACAAGUCACUGUAAAAAAAUACGUGUCUUUGUCCACAAUCACGAGAACUUUCAUUUAGCUGUUUUCUUGGAAUAUCCUUCCCCUCACCCCAGCACAUGUUUAGGGGUUUUAUCCGAAACUUCAGUUUACAUUAUUUUGAGAUUCAAAAAUGCAAGCACAAUAAGCUUGAUUUUUUUUUACGGCAAAAAGUGAAACUUUUUGGAGAAAAAAGUGAAUGAAAAAAAUAUAAAAAAUACUGCUUGCAAAUGUAAUUUUUUGGUUCAUUUCAUUUCUUCUUUGUCUCGAUUUUUUGGAAAAACAAAAAGCAUCAGUUGCUCAAAUUUCCCUUCUGCAUCUUUGUGAAUGUGAAAAGUAACCAAUCAGAUUGAGCUUUCCGGACAGGAACACCAAUGCUCAUCCUUCGUCAGGCCCGCUGACUCCUGCCACACCAAAGGGGGCGUGGCCAGCAUGACUCGGACCUGUUCCAAGCUGCAUGCACAUUUUGUAAAACAAAAACCAUACUGGAAAAAAAAGAUUGAAAUGAACUAGAUAUGUGUGUUAGUUCCACAUACCGUAGGCCCGCUUGUAUGUUGCAUGCACUUGUACAGUUUGCUCGUACUUAAAUAUAAAGAGAAACCGAAGCCAUUCACAUCACGCGAAGACAUUCGAAAUGAUCAGCUGCAGUCAAGUCUAGUCCACAUCCUUCAUUCCGGUGCUGAAUGUUUCGAAACCAACUGAUUACCGAGAUUAUGUUGAUGUCUUUUUUUAAAGCUAUUGAACCCGUGCUGUCGUACUAAGCAGUCCUCACCGCCCAUUCUUUCAAAUCUACUGUUACUGUACACAUAGUUGACCUCUAUGGGGCUGAGACUACAUGGUUGAAUAUGUAUAAAUCAGAUCAACUUAUAUACAAAGUAUAGUUAUGUUGAACAUAAUGAUGUAAUAAGAUAUAUGGAUAUAUAUAUUACACCAAUUAUUUAGAGUAUAAUGUACCGAAAGUAAUUUAGGUAUAUUGUAAAUAUUUUUUCAACCAACCAAACGUUUUAGUGAUAUUUACGAAGGGGUCAAGACAGAUUACGGGGACAUUUUCAAGUUCAGUAAGACCACGAUUGGACACUACUUUACUACAAGGCUUCAGGGUAUAGUCCCAAAUUGCCACACUUGAGUGUACUAGGGUAUCAGGCCAUAUUAUCUGCAAAAGCUGUCGUCACGACACCUCUCUCUCCAUGCUUUGAAACCUACAACCUACGACCUAUGACCCCAGCCAUGUAAAACCCCAUUUAUAAAAACGUCACAUUUUUUGUUUCAUGUUCAGUGAGUUAUUUUUUAUUUUGUCAGUAUUAUUAGGAGAGAAAAAAAAUGCUGAUUGUUUACAAUUGAUGUGUUCCACUGAAACAACAACUAUAAAAGAAAAUGAUCAGAUUAAAAAUAAAGUAUUCACAGCAGCGUUUCUUGUUUGGUAUAACAGGUGUGGCUCAAAUGAUGUGUAUGUUUUAUAUUUUAAAAAAAGAGUUCAUUUUUAUCAUUUACAAAUAAAAAGAAUGUGUGGAAGAA